CUUUAUGAAGCAGCUGUCAAUCUUUAUUUUGCAAAAAAAAAUGUACUUAUUCAUAAAACGACUGAAAUGAAAGAUUACAAAAACAUUUCAGGAAGGUCAUUCCAGGAAGUGCAAUGAUAUUCAAAUCUCCCACAUGGGUCAGGGGCGUUUCAGGACAAUUGUGACAGAUGUAAUAAUAUUCACUGCCUGAAGAAAGCUGCCGGUCCGUUUGCAACAAGCCUCGAAAUAGGAAGACUGGAACAAGUUCUGUUUGCAAUCUUUCACUUCAAUAAAGUAGGUGUGGUUCAGAGCUGCCCAUCCCCCUGUUGACUGUAAUAAAGGGGACGGGAUUUAACGCUGGAUUUUAGACUCGAGGAAGGACCCCGGAAUCUGUAGCCUAGACCCAGUGCCAUCUUCAACUCUUAACAGGUUCCUGUUGACACCAUGGCAACCUCAUCGACCAUUGCUGAUAAAAUCCAAAAUGAUUUUUUAAAUUGUAAAAUCUGCCUUGCUACUUUUAAACAACCUAAAAUGUUGCCCUGUCUCCACACAUAUUGCCUGGAAUGCCUAGAGGAUUUAACCAAGGAUGACAAGAUACUCAAGUGCCCAGAGUGCAGAGAGAUUGUUGACCUGAGUGGUGGGAUCAGCAAACUGAAGACAAACUUUCAUAUCAAUAGUCUUCUGGAUAUUUUCCAAAGCCCAGAGAAGAAGGAGUUGACAUGCAGCCUUUGCCCCCCAGGACACAAAGGUAAGAAUCCAGCCGUGGUCAAAUGUGGUGGUUGCUCUAAUUACAUGUGCCAGGCUUGUGGGGACAGGCAUCAGUCCACCCACCCAACCCACAUGCUAGUGAAUCUGGCCGGCUCCUCCCUUGAUGAAACUGACAUUGAGGUGAUGAUGAGAAAGAAAAUCUACUGCCAAAUUCAUCCCAACGACAGAGUAAGUUAUUACUGCAACACCUGUGAUUGUGUAAUCUGUUCCAAAUGUUACUCAUAUUCCUGCAUUAAGCAUCAGCGGCUUGGACUGGUGGAAGCGGCCAAGGCCAAGAAACUUACAGUAAGGAAGCUGCUGGAAAGACUCGGGAGUGAUAUUCAGCUCCAUAUCCAACGAGAAGGUGACCUGAAUGAAGCGAUGGACAAAGUGAAAGCGAUAGAAUGCUCUAUAAUAUCCAGCAUAGAGAACACUCUGACAGAGGUUUUAAACAAUUUGUUUAAACAGGGAGAAGCUAUCAAAAAGACAGUCUCAGAUUAUGUCAAGAAACAGGAAGAGUCAUAUGCGGCUGCUAAGUCUACUCUUCAGCUUCAGAAGAAAAAGGCACAAGACACAAAAGAAUACUGUGCGAGGGUCAUAUCGACUUCUGAUGCGAAGGAGAUACUGUGUUUGAAGAGCAUUAUUGAAGAUCAAAUUAGUGCAUUGCAAGCUUUGAGCAGCCUGAAUGUAAACAAACCCAGUCCCAAAGUAACUGUCAAUAAAUCAGUAAAGGAUAUGAUAUCACAAUGUCAUCUUUUCAAUAUCACAUAUGGUGAAGAACCAGUUUCUGAAUCUCAGCAAAGCCCAAGUAGAACUGAGCAGCUGAAACAGACUCAGGCAUAUCUUCCAAUUGCUCAGCCCAAAGAAAAGGCAAUUCGGAAAUAUUUCUUCGACACAAAUCUCGACGAUGACUCGUAUGACCCAAAAUUGACGGGUGUCAGCAUUUCAGGAGAUGGAGACAUCAUCGUUGCGGAUGAAGAGAAUUCACUCCUGAAAUGUUACCUGGAUAAUGGAUUAUUGAAGACGACUAUCUCAUUACCAGAUGAGGAUGAAGAUCCAUGCAGUGUUGCUGUAUGUGAUGAUAUUAUUGCAUGCUCCGCUAAGAACAGGCUUUAUCUCCUGGAAAUGGAUGGUUCGUUAGUAAAAAAGCUUUUCCUCCGAGGUUCGGAGUCAGUUUACCCCAUUGCUGCUUAUGAAGAUGAAUAUGUGGCCGUGAGUGAAGGAACUUUAUGUUCCAUUUCUCUCUAUGAUCUUAAUGGGUAUGUGGUUAGCAGAGUUAAACCACAGGGUUAUGAGGGAAUUAGAUUUCUCUUCAUUGCAAUUAACAGUGAAGAAGAGUUCAUUGUAUCUGAUUGUGGGAAGAAAUGUGUCGUUAUUUUCAAUAGGAGUGAGGAAAUAAUCGCCAUCUGUAAUGAGAGCUGUGUGAAUGGCCUGACAGUUGCCCUUAACCCUUUCAGUGUCUGUGUUGAUGGAAAUGACAAUAUUUAUGUUACUGAGCCCAGUAGGAUCCUCUUAUUUUCCCCAACUGGAGUCUUUAAGGACCAAUUGUUGAGCACAGCAGAUGGUCUGCACAAGCCACGUGUCAUUGCAAUAGAUCAAGAUGACAACCUGAUUAUUACCCAAGGCAAUGGCUAUGUUUGCGUGUACGAGUUGAAUUUGGAUUAACAGUAUAGCUAGAAUUCAGGGUACACCAUACUACCCAUAUGAAAAUCUACAUGAACCAGGCUGGGGGACAAAAUCUGUUUAAUCACCUGCUUCUGAAAUCUAGAAUCCACCCCCACCGCCCCGAGCAAUGGAAUGAAAGACUCACUCUCUCUGUAAAUAAACAUUUUGGGGGUGUGGGAGGGGCCUGCGGGGAAUUAAAUGCUCUCCCCCGAGGUGAGCUUGGUGGUGGGGAGGGCAUUUCAUCAGGCAGGAGGGGGUGGCCGGUGGGCACCCUGUCUCCUUCGUGCCUCUGCCAAAAUUAAGUGAACGGCCUUCCUUACCCUUCCCAAGCCACCGCCAAUUGAGACCGUUGAGUAAUCCGCAGAAAACUAGCCCCUUGUCCUUUCUGCCGGCUCACCCUUUCCCCUGACCCCCUUCCUGCCAUCACCCUCCUGUUGGCCUGGGAUCUGGCACUGAUCCUAGCCCUGUCCGGUCAGUGCUGUCAGCAGCCAAGUAGCAUUAGGUCCAUUUGCAGUGGCUUCAAUUUUCCUUUGUUGUGGAGCAGAUCUUUUCAUUUCACCUCCAGUGUCAAUGGGGAACAGGCUUUCAUCUAUCUUUCCAGACACAAGACCACCAACUGUCUUCUCCAGCAGCCACACAUCCUCCAAAAAGGUUUCCACUUCAGUAGUGUCACUGUGUCUGGUCCAGUUCUUCUUAUUCCUGUUGAGGCGCCGGUAGCAGCCACCAUUUGGUGCUGAUGAGUACUGACAGCCCCUGAUGGGCCAGCUGCUCUUGAGGGGUGGGACUUGUGCUGCUGACAUCCCCGAUCCCAGGGAAGGUUCGCCGCUGGCCUGAGAGGCACUUAAUUCAGCGGCCCUUCCCACAAAGAGGCAGUGCGAGGUUUUCACUGGCUCACCAACCAGCAAGCAAGAGCCCAAUCACCUCCAUUAAAUACCACCCAUUGCGUGAAAUAAGUUAAAGAAACUUCAGACUGGUUCAAAACAAAUGUGAUUCAAUAUCCAGCCUUGUCUUCAGUUUGGUAUUCAUUGGCAGAGGUGUGGGAAAUUGGAACAUCAUACACACUGCUUCACAGAGAAUGAAUGUCCUGUCUCCGAGCCUGUGGCAGAUUAGAGCAAGCUUUACUUUUAAAUGUGGUACAUCUGAGCUGGACACUCAGAAUUAUUUAAUUCUCCAACACUUGUUUGAAACAUUCCAAUAUUUGAAUAUGUUUUUGUACCUUCCCUUGCUAUUCAUUUAAAACUGUACAUAUUGUGAGGCUGUCCCAUUCCUGUUUGAUGAUGGAGAUCAAUUGUUUACUCUUCAUGUUGGCUGAGAGCCGAGGCUCAGACAUGUACAUGAUUAUAUUGACCAAUGGGAUUGCAGGAAAAGGUCACUAAUGUACGCUAAGUCUUAUGAUCACUAUUGCCCAAUUAGAUUCCUCUGGACCAACACAGUCAGUUGAAAUGUUUACAUGAUUAAGAUUGAUUGUGGCAAAAGGGACACAAGGUUUUUUGGUGUAGAUUAUUUAGAUCUUAGGAAAGGAAUUCAAUUAUUACUAUUACUAUAGUAUUUAGCCUUUAUCUAACUUGUUUAAAAAAAAUUUCUCAAAUAUAGCCCCAAUUGAAGAGAUUUAAAGGUCUGCCGAUUGAAUUUUCAGAGAGGGGUUUCCCAAUUUCCUGCCAUGACAUCAGCAGAGUCUGCAGACAAUCGGUUUGAGUAGGAGGUUGGGAAAAGCCCAUGAAAAUUACACUGUAACUUUAACUCUUUGUUUUCUGAUUCUAGUCAACAUACAUGUCCAAUUUUGGCCUUUGCUAACCAACACUUGGUGAGGCCCUACACUGUUGAUUAAUCUAGGUUUAGAUCUCCUGAGCUUGCUUUGUGUCUAUUAGUACAGUCACAUUGUUGAUUAUAUAUAAUAGUGUAAAAGUCUUUGAAUGCAACAUCAGACCAAAAAAAAUCAUUAUUGUGCUAGCUGGAUAAUUAUCACAUUCCAGUGUACUCUAGCUAUUGAUUGCAUUAUGUUUUGAUUAGAAAAUAUAAUAAACGUACUGGAGUUCA